ACGACCUUCUAUUGAGGACAAUAGCGCCAAUGGAGGGGUGUCAAGUUUUUGGCUUAUGCUCCCACGGUUUGCCCACAAACCCAGGGAUGUCAUGGAUUAAUGCAGACUUCGGUUCUCGUGGGUUAGCCAAGCAGGGUUUCUCAUGCAAGCCACUUCAUUCAGCAAUCUCAAAUGUGAAAUUCAUCGAUUCCUUCAGCCUUGACAGGAAGCCGCUUUUACUUUGUGGUGGCAGUGCAUCCAAGAAAAAAGCAGUUCAAGUUAUAUCUCCCAAUGUUUCAUCACUAAGCAUGACAAUAGACUUGCUAGAUGCCUACGACGAUGAAUACAACGGGGUUGUUAUUGACCCAGAAUGCUUACCCACCAGUGCUAAUGCAUUUGCAUCCAUCCUCCGCACUUCCCUCUCCAUCUGGAAGCUAAAGAGAAAGAAGGGGAUAUGGCUCAAGAUAUUAGAAGCACAAUCUGAUCUUGUCCCAAUUGCAAUUAAGGAAGGCUUCAGUUGCCACCAUGCAGAGCCUGGCUAUGUCAUGUUAACAUAUUGGAUUCCUGAUGAACCCUGCAUGCUACCUGCUAGUCCUUCACAUCUAAUUGGUGUAGGAGGAUUUGUAAUCAACGACAAAAGAGAGGUCCUUGUAGUGAAAGAGAAGCAAUGCCCUUGUAGAUGCUCUGGUGUGUGGAAGUUGCCUACAGGCUUUGUAAAUAAGUCAGAGGAAAUUUUCUAUGGAGCAGUAAGGGAAGUUAAAGAAGAAACCGGGAUAGACACUGCUUUCUUGGAAAUGACUGCUUUCAGGCAUGCUCACCUUGUGGCUUUUGAGAAAUCAGAUUUACUCUUCAUGUGCAUGCUUAAGCCUUUGUCGUUCAACAUCAAAAUUGACGAGAAGGAGAUUGAAGCUGCUAAGUGGAUGCCUCUGGAUGAAUUUGUUGGGCAGUCAUACUAUCAAGAAGAUCAUAUGUCAAAGAAGGUGAUUGAUAUCUGUGUGGCAACAUAUGAAAAUCGUUACAGUGGAUUUACUGCUCACCAGGUGGUCUCUAAAUUAGAUGGAAAGUUAUCUUACCUCUACUACAAUGAAUUUGAAGAGAAAUUGAUAAUAUAGAUUCAAGGCAUUGUUUACAUGGCUUAUGGUGAACUGUAAAUCUGUGCCACAGUCACAGCAAAUCUAGAAUUGAACCAUAUGGUGAUUCAUGCAA